CUCCGGAAGGCCCCCUGGGAAGCCAUGGAGGUCCUAGUCCUGGCCAGAUACCGCGCGCAGAAGGGGGACGAGUUGAGUCUAGCUCCGGGGGACGUGGUCCGGGAGGUGUGCGCAGGGCCCGCCCGGGGCUGGCUGCGCGGAGAGCUAGGGGGCCGUCGUGGUCUCUUCCCCAAGCGCCUGGUGCAGGAGAUCCCAGAGCACCUGCGGGGCACCGGGGAGGCGCGGAGGCCACGCUGCGCGCGCGGGACGAACGCAUCUUCAGGUCACCCCGCCAAAUUUCCGAGCCUCCAAAGAUGGUGCAAAGUGAACUUCAACUACAGGCCGGAACAGGAGGACGAGCUGACGCUUCAAACUGGGGAGAUAGUGGAAGUGAUAAAGGAGAUUGAGGACGGCUGGUGGCUGGGGAAGAAGAACGGGCAGUUGGGAGCCUUCCCAUCCAACUUUGUGGAGUUGCUGGACAGUGGGUCCCCAAGCUUUGGUAACUCAGAAAUGCCUUCAAUCAGCCCAGAUUCACAGAGGCCUCCUAAGCUGACCAAUCUGACCUAUGACAGCCCUCCAGACUACCUUCGAACUGUCUCUUGUCCUGAGACCUGCAGGGUCCUGUUUGACUACCAACCUGAGGCCCCAGACGAGUUGGCCCUGAGAAAGGGGGAUCUGGUGAAAGUUCUGAGAAAGACCACAGAGGACAAGGGCUGGUGGGAAGGAGAGUGCCAGGGUAGAAGAGGAGUUUUUCCAGACAACUUUGUGCUCCUGCCACCCCCAGUCAAGAGGUUGGUCCCACGAAAAGUGGUAUCUCAAGAGUCAGCUCCUAUUAAGGAACCAAAACACUUGAAGCACAAAACAUACCUACCUAAUGUCAAGAAGCUGCCUACAGCCACCCCUAAGCCCAGCAAAGACAAGAUCUCUUCAACACCCAGUGGGGACGGUAAGAAGCGCCCCUUCCGAGACACAGGCUCCAAUGGAAAGUUCCUCAGUGGAGGUCCCAGGCAACCUGGCAGAAAGCGAUCUCAAACCCAGGCUCCCAGGAGGCUCUCUGUGUCCAGUAAGGAGCAAGAGCAGAGCAACCUUGCAAAGACCCCUACCCUGAAUAACACCACCACCCCAGAGAAGACCUCGCUUCCAGACCAGGCCCCUAGCCCAGAGAAGAUUGCUGCUCCAGACAAAGUCCCCACCCCAGAGAAGACACAGACUGUGGACGACCUGGUCCCCAACACAGAGAGCCCCACCUCAGAGACACUCAAGGAUUCUAACAAAAUUUCCACCACAAAGACCACUGUGGACAAGGUGUCCAGUCCAGAGAGGGGCUUUUCAGGCGACGAGGGCCCUGCCCUAGAUGCCCCACCCAAAGAUGAAACCCUUGACCCAAACAUGGCCCCUCAAGAGGACAAGGCCCCUCAAGAGGACAAGGCCCCCAUUCCAGUAACGGAUUUGACCCCAGAGCAGAUGCUUUCUGAAGAGGACCUACCCAGAAACAAGGCUCAGUUGGAGCACUUUUCUCAGGAGGAAACCCCACAGAGGGCCACGUCCCCUGUGGUCUCUGGGGCUCAAUCCCCAAAGGAAAUCCACAGGCCAGAGGAGCUCCCCCAACUGUGUAACUCCUCAGAAGGUUGCCCCUGUAUGGCAAAACUGAGGAACAGCGCCCUGAGGCUCCAGUACAAGUCAGAGCCAGAGUGCAGGCCAGCCCUGGGGAAGACCUGCCAUCAGCCAGAAGCCAUACCCCUCACAGAGGAGACAUGUGCAAAAGAUGAGCAUACCCCACAAAAGGAGGCACCUCUCACAGAAGAGACCCUUCCGGAAGAGGUGCCCCCCAAAGGUCAGAUACCCCCUGAAGAAGUGGCUUCCAAAAGGCAGGUGCCCCCUAGAGAGGCAGCCCCUACACCCCAAUCCCCACAAACUGCUUUGGAGAUGACUCCAGAGCCCCAAGAGACACCCGCUCCUCAUUCCCUGUACCCGCCAAAUGCCUCGGAAAGCAAAAAUGACCAGGUGGAAAUGACCACGCUAAAGGAGGAGGUGGGGUCUCUAAAGAGGGCGCUGGAGCUUCUGGAGCUGCAGGUGGAAGAGAGGAUGACCGAAGUCUGGGUGGAACUGAAGAACGAGAGGGAGCGGCGCCAGUUGCUAGAGGUUCAGAUGAUGCAGAGGACCCCGAAGACCUGGUCAGUGGGCUCCAAACACGCGGAGACACAAACGCUGUGAAGGCGGACCCGGGAGAAACAUCCGGCUCGGGCCUCCCUAGUCCUUGCCUCCAACUUUGAGAAACUCAAGAAAGUAAACUGCGUGGACGCCGCC